CCACUCCCCCCACUACUCCACUCCUCUCUCUCUUCUCUCUUUCUUCUUUCUCUUUUUCCUUUUUCUUCUACUACGAGCGAAAUGGAUCGCCGAGCCAUUUUGUGCAUCGCUCUCCUGUGCAUUGCCGCCUCCAACGCCACGGCCCAAGCCCCCGCGGCAGCCCCCACCACCACCCCCGUCUCCGCCAAGGCCCCGGCCGCCGCCCCCACCAAGCCCACCACCCCCGCUCCCACCAAGCCCACCACCCCAGCCCCCGCCGCCGCUGCCACCUCCCCCGCCGCCGCUGCCACCUCCCCCGCCCCCGCCUCCGCCCCUCCAACCCCCGCCCCCACCAAGGCCCCGGCUAAAGCCCCCUCCAAGGCCCCGGCUAAAGCUCCGGCUAAAGCCCCGACCAAGGCCCCGGCUAAAGCUCCGGCCAAGGCCCCGGCUGAAGCUCCGGCCAAGGCCCCUGCCGCGGCUCCACCGACCAAUACCCCGCCGACAGCCGCCCCGGUCUCUUCACCGCCGGCGCCCGUCCCGGUGAAGUCCCCGCCCACCCCUCCCCCUAAGCUGUCGCCCCCUGUGCCGGCCCCAGCCUCUCCUCCCACCAUCCCGGCAGCGCCGGUCCCCGCCGUCGCCCCGCCGCAGCCAUCGGAGGUUCCCGCGCCGGCGCCGAGCACGAAGAAGUCCAAGCCGAAGAAGAAGAAGAAGAAGGGCGCCGCUCCAGCCCCGGCUCCGGUGGCCUCCAGCCAUCUAGCGCCGCUGGCAUCCUCGCCGUCCGGCAGCGACGCAGCUUCCCCCGGGCCCAGCGUCGCCGCCGACGAAACGAACGGAGCUGGGACAUUGAAGCAGAUGCUGAUCACGGGAUGGGCUCUUUUGCUGGGCAUCGCCAUGUUUGCUUAGAUCCGAAGCCAUGAUAUAGAAAUAAUCUCUCUGUCUUCUAUGUAUUUCUUUUUCUUUUUGUCCUUAUUCUCUUUGAUCUUCUUUAUGUUUGUGGUGGUCCAUCUCUUGUUCUCUUGCCUGAUUGGAUGGGCCAGGGCUGGUCCUGGUUAUACAUUCACUUAGAUUCUUUUACUUUUAUGAGGCGAGGCUUGUACGUAAGAUGAUUGAUUUUAUUUGAUAAUUUAUGAGGUUGGUUGCAUCCAAUUCAUAAUUGGCUAUGUCUCAUGAUUGGGACCA